AUGUGUGAAGGCAAUCAGACACAAAUUACUCAGAUACGACUACUCGGAUUCCAAGAUCUACAUAAAUUCAAAACCAUAUUAUUCAUUGUCUUUCUUUUAACAUACACAAUGAUACUGACUGGAAACUUUGUAAUAAUAUUAUUGGUGACAACUAUUAAUAAUCUUAAGGUUCCAAUGUUUUUCUUUCUCAAGCACUUAGCUACAGCUGAUGUUCUACUAACCACUAGCGUUGUUCCAUUAAUGUUGGACAUCAUCUUCCUAGAAGAAGGAAGGUUAUCAUUUGCUGGUUGCAUAACACAACUGUACUGUUUUGGUAUAUUUGGGUUUGUGCAGUGUUUCCUUAUUGCUGUAAUGUCCUAUGAUCGAUUUUUGGCUAUUUAUAACCCAUUGCGUUACUCUUCAAUAAUGGGUCUAGAUGUUUGCCUCCAGCUGGUUAUUGGGUCGUGGCUACUAGUCACUGUUUUAAUAUCGAGUGAAAUAGUUAUGGUGUGCCAAUUCAACUUCUGUGGCCUGAAUAACAUUGACCACUUCUUCUGUGACUUUGGACCUAUCGUGGAAUUGGCUACAUCAGAUACUUCCAUUCUAAUGUAUCAAGACUUUGUCAUUUCCAUCUUCAUGAUAUUUUUUCCCUUUGCUUUUAUCAUUAUGACCUAUAUCAGCAUUUUCUACACCAUUCUCAAGAUGUCUUCCAAUCAGAGAAGGAAAGCCUUCUCCACAUGUAGUUCCCACCUGAUCACGGUGUGCAUAUAUUAUGUAACCCUAAUCACUGUUUACAUGGCUCCUUCUAAUGAAAGCACAUCCAACGUAAAUAAAUACAGAUCAUUGUUGUACAUUUUGGUGACACCAUUAAUGAAUCCAAUUAUAUACAGUCUGAGGAACCAGAAAAUCAAAAGAGCUUUGCAAAAAUUGCUGAAAGGUUUAGUGACAGUUACCUGCAAGAGGUCAACAUAA